GCAACCAUCAGGAUGCCAAGACCUUCUCUUCUCACUUUGAUAUUGGCCAGUGCUCUGACUCUGACUGCUCUGACAGUAACUGGAGAUGUUAGUACCAGACUGGUGAAUGGUAAUAAUGACUGCUCUGGAAGAGUUGAGAUCCUGUAUAAUGGCCAGUGGGGGACAGUGUGUGAUGAUGCCUGGGACAUGAAUGAUGCUGCUGUGGUGUGCAGACAGCUGGGAUGUGGAAGAGCUGUUAGUGCACAUGGCAGUGCUCAUUUUGGCCAGGGUAGUGGUCCGAUCUUGCUGGAUGAUGUUGGAUGUUCAGGAAGUGAAUCAUCGCUCACACAAUGUUCACAUCUUUCUUUUGGAAUACAUAACUGUGGUCAUGGUGAAGAUGCAGGUGUCGUCUGCUUAGUACCAGACAUAAGGUUGGUCGGUGGGUCUGAUUCAUGCUGUGGGAGAGUGGAGAUCAAUAAUAAUGGCCAGUUGGGAACCGUGUGUGAUGAUCACUGGGACAUGAAUGAUGCUGCUGUGGUGUGCAGACAGACACAGUGUGGAUCAGCCAUCAGUGCUCCUCAUGGAGCUGCCUUUGGUCAAGGCAGUGGAUCGAUCUGGCUGGAUGACGUUGGAUGUUCAGGAAGUGAAAGAGCCCUCACACAAUGUCCACACAGAGGACUAGGAACACAUAACUGUAAUCAUGGUGAAGAUGCUGGUGUUAUUUGUUCAAGUGAACUGCAGAUGCCGACUCUUUCCCUGACCUCCACACAUGCAGCUGUUUCUCCUGGAGAAAAUAUCCAGUUCAGUUGCGCAACACCUAAACCAAGAUGCGAGGCUAAAGCUGAAUUCCAGCUCUUCAGAAACGGACCAUCUGUAUCCUCCCAGACACAUGAAUCUAGUGUGACUUUCAACCUUGUUAAUGUAGACGUCUCACAUCAGGGCAACUACAGCUGUCGUUACUCCUACCAAAACAACACUAUCAUAUCACCUUUGAGCAACACUGUUAUCAUCACUGUGGUGAUCUUGCAGCAGCCCAGUAUUUCCCACAGUGAUCCUGAUGGAUCGUUUAAUGUGGGGCUUCAGGGGCCAGUGAUCACCUGGGGUCACGGUUUCAUUAUCAUCUGUUCAGCUCAAUCUCAGUUUCCUGGAGGAUCUUUUCACCUGUACAUAGGGUCAAGCAUCAUCAGGACUGGGUCAGCUGUCAGCCACUCUGCCUCCUUCUUCUUUCCUGAAGCAGAUUUUUCCCACGAGGGAAACUACAGUUGUGUUUAUGAAGUCAGUGUCUCCUCACGCUCCUUCCGUUCAUCUGCCUCUGAACUGCUGCUCAUCACUAUUAUAGUGAACUUGCAGCAGCCCAGUAUUUCCCUCAGUGAUCCUGAUGGAUGGUUUGAUGAGGGGCCUCAGGGGCCAGUGAUCACCAGGGGUCACAGUUUCACUAUCAUCUGUAACACUGACCCUCAGUUUCCUGGAGGAUCUUUUCACCUGUUCAGAGGAUCAAACAUCACCAGGACUGAGUCAGCUGUCAGUCACUCUGCCUCCUUCUUCUUUCCUGAAGCAGAUUAUUCACACGAGGGAAACUACAGUUGUGUUUAUGAAGUCAGUGUCUCCUCACGCUCCUUCUGUUCAUCUGCCUCUGAACUGCUGCUCAUCACUAUCACAGCCUCCCUGCUUCCUGUCAUUGGUGCUGCAGUGUCAGCUGUGCUGCUCUUAUUGUCUUUCCUUAUAAUCAUCCUCCUGCUGAAGAGAAGACAAAAG